UUUAAAAUAAAAUUUAUGGCCAGUCAAUCAUCAGGAACGGGAAAUCCUCCUCCAUUACCUCAAAAUGUUAAUUUAUUUCCCCCACCUCCAAUAUUUGCAGAAUGUUAUACAAGUGAAAAUAUUUCAAAAGGAUUAGUAUUACCACCUCCACCAGUUCCAACAAAAUUUGAAGUUUUUGGAGAAACUUUUGAUUUGGAAGGAGCUUUAUUGCCUUCAUUAACUGAUACAGGAUGUCAACAACUUUAUUCUGCUAGUGGAAAUUGGCGUUCAGAAUUACUUAAAUUAAAUAGAAGUUUAAUUGCUGCUUUUUUGGAUUUGAUAGAAAUUUUAAUUAAAUGUCCGGAUAAUGAAGAAAGAAUUGAAAAAAUAGAAACAAUUCGAACACUUUUUAUAAAUAUACAUCAUUUAAUUAAUGAAUAUAGACCUGUACAGGCUAGGGAUACUUUGAGACAAUUAAUUAAACAUCAAAAUUUGGAAAUUACUCGAGUUACAGAAAAACUCAAUAAAUACACAGAGACUGGAACUGCAGCACUUGAAACACUUAAUAAUGCUUUACGUAAUUUUACUUUCGAUGAAACAAUUCCAAAACCUCCUCCUAAUUGUUUUGAAGAGAAUGAAGCAAUGGAAAUUGGCAAUGGGAAAAUAAUUUCUCCAAUCGUUCAAACAACACAAUUACCUUUACCAAAGCCAGUUGAAUUGUUAACAGGUGUUCGUUUAAUGAGACGUGACAUUGGAGGUGCUCCUCAAAUUCUUAGCAAAUUUCAAUUUUUUUGA